UCGAACUGUUCGUGACCUUCGCCAGGAAUGGGGUUGUCCUUCCUUCCCGAAUUCCUCCGCUCGCCACGUGGCCACCUGCGUACCUCCUUUGUCUAAAUAAAAGGCUGCCGCCGCUCGCUGGGAGCAUAAGCAUUACUCUUGUUGGAACCAUACGUGGCUGAAUAGUAGUAUUCACUUCCGUCUUCGUUCGGUCAAAACUUUUACUUUAAUCUCGGUCGGAAGUCUUCUAGCCGACCACAUCCAGGUCCCAUUAACUCAACAGUGAGUAAGCCUGUAUAUAUAUAUUCCUCUAUAUACAGCACUGUGAAAGCAGUAGGGCUAUUGAACACUACAGCAAUAUGAAGACGACGAUUCUGAUGAAAGUCUGGGCGAUCCUCCUUCUCGUUGUGUUGGAGCGGACAGUGGAGGCGGCGCCGGCGGCGCACAGGGUCGCCCGUUCCGAAGAGGACUCAACGACAUCCACCUACGAAGCCAGACUGGCAAGAAUGAGAUUCAACUGCUCGCCUCCUUGGAGCCGUCAGUGUCAAACCAGCGACUCCAUCAUCUUUAAGAGAAGUCUGAAGGAGCAGGACCUCCUGGCGGCAGCGGCUGUCUCAUCUGACAGCACCAGUGGAACAGCAGCUGUCUCGUCUGACAGCACCAGUGGAGCAGCAGAGCUCGAGGGCAAUGGACAGCAGGACAGCACACAAAAAUUGCUAAGGCGGAGUACAGGGUCGGUGCGGGGACGGAUGUCUCUACGGAAGAUCCUACCAUUCCUGCGGCUACACAAGAAUCCCAGAUACGGCGUUUUGUAACGCAAGAUGUUCAAGGAAGAAUCGGGGCCACCUCAACAUUGCUCAGGGCAGCUGCAGUUUAGAAAAAAACAAAAAACAAGCGACGUAUCACUUAUACAGCAACGUACAUGUGACCAAUAAAUUCGCGGCCACACUUAGAAAUAAGGUGUCCAUCUUUCUAAUAUUUGGGUGAGGUCGAGAGCUUUUGGUCACCUUUCGUGAAUAUCCAAACCUCCCUUUUGGAGCUGACUACUUUACAUUACGCAUUUCAUACUUAUGUAGGAAUGUUUCGCACAAACUAUAUAUGUCUUGAUAGAAUACUCUAAACGUUUAGGUAAUAGGCCAGUGAAAGUAAAACAUUGUUUAAUAGAAUUUUUUUUUACCAAUGAUUAGAAACCGAUGUUUUUGGUGUUCCUUUUGUAUUAUUUAUUUAUAUAGGAAGUUGUCAUAUAGGAAUAUUGGUUAGCCCUCAGAUAUGUAAGUUAUACAAAUUGAUAUGCAAAUUCCACUGCUAUUUUCUAUCCAAUGCUUGACGUAUUUAUCUAAUUUAUUUUUGAUCAUACAAUGUUCAUAAUAUUGAUAACUGUCCUGUUAUUUAUGUUGGGAUCGCCUACUAGGAAUCUUCAAAAAUUGCUUACAGGCAAAAUGCAAUUCCUAGAUAAAUAAAUACAAUAAUUGUAUGAGUGAGUUUAUUGUUCACGAUAAUCAAUGAUAUGAUACGAGUGCUUUUUUUAUCAUUGUUUUAGAAAUGCGUAAUUUAUUGAAAAUAAACCACCAAGCUGCUUCAAAGA